AGAUAAAAAACUUGACAACAACAAUCUAUUAUUUCUCUUCUCUUAAAUAGUCUAAACCUCAACAAAAUGAUAAAAGAAAAAAGUCUUCACAUGGCUUCAACUGUUCUCUUCCUCCUCAUCUUAAUCCCAUCUCUAAAAAUCCUCAUAAAUGGCUUCAACCCCUUAUCCACUUUGGUAAUUUGCCUAUUCUUGAAGGCCCCACCUUAUAUUAUUAUUUCCUUUCUCAAGGCCAUUCAGCUCUCUGGUGAGGCCUGUUUGAGUGCAUUUCAAAGCCUUGCUGAAGCUUUGAAGUGUAUUUUUGUUAGCACAAUUGAGAUGGGGUUGGGAAUUUUAAGCUCUCUUGUGAUGGCUGUGUUGGAUGUAGUCUUUGGAUCUCUUGUUGAGUCAGGCUCUGCCUUUGGAGGCCUUUUGGAGAAUGCUAAGGCUUCUUGGGAAGGGGCUUUAUUGGAACAAGUGAGGGAGAUUAUUGGGAGCCUUUGUGAGUUGAUUCUUCAAAAGGGUUGGGAAAUUGCAACUUCUUCUGCAGGUGGGAUAUUUGAGUUUGUAACGAUGAGCAUUUCUACGUUGUUGAACGAACCCGGUUCGGCCAUAGGAGAGCUAGUGGGGAUGCUGAAGGAGUCAUUAAUGGAAGGGGUUGGUUCGUCCAUGGAAGGAGUGCGAGGGAUUGUUGGGAGCUUUAUAGAGAAGAUGGCGAAUACGAGUUCUGAAGUAGCGAGUUCUUCUACAUUUGGUUUCUUUGAGAUUGUGAAAACCGUUUUUGAUUUGGUGGUUAAUUCUGGCUAUACUGUUGGAGGACUAAUUGAGAACACAAGGGCUGCAUUGGAGGUUCUAAGAAUGGAAGAAAUUCGAGGGAUUUUUGUGAGCCUUGCUAAGUUAGGUGUGAAUGCUAUUAUUACUUAUUUACUAGGUUAAAUCCUCAUUAAUUAUUUUUUCCUUCUUUUGAAAAAAA